GUCCAGAGCUCCUGCUGCAGGCUGAGGGAAACAGAGCGACAUUUACUCUUCUCCACGGGAAAAUCGCACUUUUGCGGCCUGUGGACCCCCCUCGGCGAGCGAUGGCCUCACCAGUCUCAGUCUACAACUCCAACGCCUUGGACCCCCACAUCCGCAGUCCUCCCAGAGAAGCUCUGAAAAUGGAGUUCUUAGCUGAUGUGACUCUACUACCGGGAGAGGACAGAAUCACAGAUAAAGACAUCAUUUACAUCUGUCCGUUCAAUGGCGCUGUGAAGGGCAAAGUGCUGAUCACCAACUACAGACUCUACUUCAGGAGCUCCGACGCUGACGUGACGGUGGCGGUGACGCUGGACGUCCCUCUGGGCGCCAUCAGUCGGGUGGAGAAGAUGGGCGGCGCCUCCAGCAGAGGAGAAAACUCGUACGGCCUGGAUAUCACCUGCAAGGACAUGAGGAACCUGAGGUUCGCCUUGAAGCAGGAGGGCCACAGCAGGAGAGACAUCUUUGAGAAUCUCUUCAGAUACGCCUUCCCUCUGUCACACAACCUGCCUCUGUUUGCAUACGUGACUCAGGAGAAGUACGCCGAGGUCGGCUGGAGCAUCUACAACCCCGUGGAGGAGUUCAGACGGCAGGGCCUACCGAACAAGAAGUGGCGUAUUUCAUUCACCAACAAGAGCUACGAGCUCUGCGACACCUACCCCACUGUCCUGGCCGUUCCCGUCAGAAGCACCGAGGACGACCUCAAGAGAGUCGCCGCCUUCCGGUCGAGAGGACGGAUCCCGGUUCUGUCGUGGAUCCACCGGGAGAACCAGGCGGUGAUCGUCCGCUGCAGCCAGCCUCUCGUCGGGAUGUCCGGGAAGCGAAACAAAGACGACGAACGCUACCUGGACCUGAUCAGGGAGGCCAACGACACCCCCAAGCUCACCAUAUACGACGCCCGGCCCAACGUCAACGCCGUGGCCAACAAGGCCACCGGAGGCGGCUACGAGGGCGAUGAGUACCAGAACGCCGAGCUGGUGUUCCUGGACAUCCAGAACAUCCACGUCAUGAGGGAGUCCCUGAAGAAGCUCAAGGACAUCGUCUACCCCAACGUGGAGGAGUCUCACUGGCUGUCCAGCCUGGAGUCCACGCACUGGCUGGAGCACGUGAAGCUGGUGUUGUCGGGAGCCAUCCAGGUGGCAGACAAGGUGUGCAGCGGGAACUCGGUGGUGGUCCACUGCAGCGACGGCUGGGACCGGACCGCUCAGCUCACAUCGCUGGCCAUGCUGAUGCUGGACAGCCACUACCGCACGCUCAGAGGCUUCCAGGUGCUGAUUGAGAAAGAAUGGAUCAGCUUUGGCCACAAAUUCGCCUCAAGGAUAGGUCAUGGAGACAAAAACCAUGCGGAUCAGGACCGGUCCCCCAUCUUUGUUCAGUUCAUCGACUGCGUUUGGCAAAUGACCAAGCAGUUUCCUACAGCCUUUGAGUUUAACGAGCACCUCCUGCUGACCAUCCUGGAUCAUCUCUACAGCUGUCGCUUCGGGACGUUCCUCUAUAACUGUGAGAGUGCACGAGACGCAAACGAAGUGAGACUGAAGACGGUGUCUCUGUGGGCUCUGGUCAACAGUAGGAUGGACAUCUAUCUGAACCCCUUCUACACCCCGGAGUCCGGGCGGGUCCUCUACCCCGUAGCCAGCAUGCGCCACCUAGAGCUGUGGGUGUCGUACUACAUCCGCUGGAACCCCCGGAUACAGCAGCAGCAGCAGAGCCCGGUGGAGCAGCGCUACCGGGAGCUGCUGGCCCUCCGGGACGAGUACCUGAAGAAGCUGGAGCAGCUGCAGCUCUCCGACUCGUCCACGUCCUCCGAUCUGGCCAACAGCAGCACGCCCAACACCACCCCGUCCUCCACCUCCACCCCGUCACAGUACACACACCUACAGACGCCCCUCUGAGGGAAACACACACACACACACGCACGCACGUAGACUGGUGGACUCGUAGCUCCAACAUGGUGGUUUUUAUGCAAUACGUCACAGUACAGCCUUUUACACACACACACACACACACACACACACACAGGUCGUACAGGGAGGCCUUCGAGGCCCAAGGGCUCGACACACCGGACUCUGACUCCUCACAGGAACAUUUGUCCACCAGGGUUCUCCGGUGGUUCUCAUUAACCUUCAUCUCUAACUCAGGUUUCUUCAGAGCUAGUUAGACGUUGUUAGCCGCGCCGCCGCCGAUGAUAACCCAUUAACCGACAGACCCCCCAGGUCCCGGCCGGGGAAAGCCAUAGAGACCGCCGAGGCCAGCGAAGACGACCCGCUGGGUUCCCGGUCCCGGUAAAACCACCGCGCUCCGGUUGUCUGGCGCGUCCGCAGCGCCUUCUGAGGGUUCAGAAGGAGGCGGCGCCGCCUCUGGUCCCAGAUCAGGACGGUCCCGGAUCAGGACCAGAGCCGCCGCCAUAGACAUAUAUACGUAGACGCCGCAUCGAGUGGUUUUGCCCGCUGCUGCGAUACGUCGCCGCCAUAUUGGAUGUGGCAAGACUGCGCUGUAAACUAAUACAAGUAA